AUGUUUGCCUUGCAGGAACUUGGGACAACAUUGGAACACGCAAGGGCCAGGUACAUUCAGCAGAACCCCAAAUCCAAAGCACUCCACGCGGAAGCAUCAAACUCUCUCCCCGGGGGCAAUACGCGAGCCGUACUACAUGCGGACCCGUUCCCGCUGUAUAUCAAGUCUGGGCAUGGAUAUCAGGUCACUUCUGAAGACGGCACGACAUACACCGACUUCACGGGCGAGUUCACCGCCGCCCUCUACGGCCACUCCUCCCCCGUCAUCCGAAAAACCAUCACCACCGUCCUGACCACCAUCGGCCUCAACCUCAGCGGCACCACGCGCGCCGAGCAGUCCCUUGCAAGCGCCAUAUGCGCCCGCUUCAACGUGUCCAAAGUCCGCUUCACAAACUCCGGCACCGAGGCCAAUCUCCAAGCCCUCGCUGCCGCGAGACGCUUCACCAAGAAGCGCAAGGUCGUGGUCUUUGGUGGCGCCUACCACGGAGGCGUGCUAGGCUUUGCGGGUGGGAAACCAGCUGCCAAUAACGUUGAUCUGGACGACUGGAUUGUAGCCAAGUACAAUGAUGUGGAUGGCGCGACGAGGGCGAUUCAGGACGAAGGCGUGGCGGCCGUUCUCCUAGAGGCGAUGCAAGGGGCGGGAGGCUGUAUCGUCGCGACAGAAGAGUUUCUCAAGGCUAUCGAGGACGCUGCCAGGAAGGCAGGUGUCGUGUUCAUCAUGGACGAGGUCAUGACUUCGCGUCUUUGCGCGCACGGCCUCGCUUCUAUUCGCGGCGUCACGCCGGAUCUCAAGACGUUUGGAAAGUGGCUCGGCGGCGGCAUUACGUUUGGUGCGUUUGGCGGCCGGGAGGACAUGAUGGCUGCGUAUGAUCCCUCGCAGCCGGAUUGCCUGCCUCACUCGGGCACCUUCAACAACAACACGCUUGCUAUGCAUGCGGGGCACGCUGGCCUCACGGAGAUUUACACGCCCUCGGUGGCGAAUGAGUUUACGGCACUGGGGACCGAGUUCCUGGGCCGUCUGAAUGAGGCGAGCAGGGACAGUAUACUGUGCUUCACGGGAUUGGGAACGGUUAUGACGGCUCACUUUCCCGUGAAUGGGGAAAAGGAUAUCCGAGAUGGAGAUGAUGUCGAAGAGAGGAGCGAGCUGAGGGAGCUGUUUUGGUUGGAAAUGCUGGAGAAUGGGUUUUGGGUGGCGAGACGAGGGUUUAUUGCGUUGAUACUGGGCACACCGAGGCGUGAGCUGGAUAGGUUUGUGGAUGCUGUGGAGGCUUUCAUUCGGCGACAUGAGGCUUUUUUGAAGACGACGGUGGGAUAG